CGUCAUGAAUUUUGUGUUGUGCCUUGUUUCUGUAGAAAACGAACUAUUAAACUAAUUUUCUUUUUAGUUUGCUUGAAUUUAUAUGAAAAAUUAUAAACUAGUUUCAAUGUGAAAUAUUACAAAGAGUUUUGCAUAUUAAAAUGUUUUUGUGCAGUGAUGGCUUGAGUUGGAUUGUGUUGUACGUGUUUCUCUCGUUCCUGACAAAGGAGAUCGAAGCCCAACAAAUAAAGAGUCCCGCAACAGACUUCCGAAGGCACAGAAUAGUCCAGCCAGUACUUCACCAUGGCAGGACGAAAAGAGAGAUCACAUCCACACGGCAUACGGAAGGGCUCCAUCAUCCAGAGGUGACAAUGACGUUAAACAUCGACGGCGAGGAACACAUCCUCGACCUUCGGUUAAACGAGGACCUGGUGGCCGGAGGCCACACAAUAAGCUAUCAGAAAGAUGGCAAAACUGUUCUACAUAAGCCGACUAUUCAGGAAUUAGAUAUAUGCCAGUAUUCUGGCAAGGUGAGGGGGAAGAAAGAUUCGUGGGUGGCGCUAUCGACCUGUCACGGCGUGAGGGGAGUCAUUCACGAUGGGAAGCAGAUGAGAUACGUUGAGCCUGCCCAAGAUGAUACAGAAAUAGGUUCAAAACACUUCGUCUACGACCAUUCGGAUUUGACGGCGAAUUUUCACUGCGGCUUCCAGGGCGGAGUUACUAACAAUACACAGUACGACCCUGAACUUAUGAAGAGGCAUAUAAGCGAACAAAGCAUUGAGAAGAGUAGGAUUAACCGGUACAAAAGGGACAUAUACGAGGACACGGAAGUCCGGGGACCGUUCAACGUCAACAAGAAAUCGCGGUACGUCGAGUUAGUGCUGGUAGCCGACUACAGCGAGUAUCUGGCCAACCGGGAGAACAUACACAUAUUGCACCGGCAGUUGAAGGACAUCGCCAAUAUCAUCAACUCUGUAUACUCCCCUUUAAAUAUCUUCAUAGCGCUCGUAGGCGUGGUGGUGUGGACCGAGCAGGACAGGAUACGUUUGGAGGACGAUGGGGAUGCGACCCUUACGAACUUCUUGACGUACCGGCGGAAAACAUUGCUCAACGAAAUACCGAAUGACAACGCGCAUUUGCUAACACGUAAGAAAUUCAACGACGGCGUCGUGGGCAAAGCGUUGAAGGGCCCGAUUUGCACGUACCAGUACUCCGGCGGCGUAGCGGCAAACCACUCGGAGGUCAUCGGCCUGGUCGCCACAACUAUAGCCCACGAAAUGGGCCACAACUUCGGCAUGGAACACGAUACUGAAAUUGACUGUAAAUGUGAGGACGAGAAGUGCAUAAUGAGUCCAUCUAGUACGUCGGUUACCCCAACGCAUUGGUCCGAUUGCAGUCUGCGAUCGCUCGCGCUGUCCUUUGAACGCGGGAUGGAUUAUUGUUUGCGAAACAAACCGAAGCGCCUGUUCGACUUCCCAACGUGCGGCAACGGGUUCGUGGAGCCGGGCGAGCAGUGCGACUGCGGUCUGCGCCCCGACCCCGCCUGCGCGGAGUGCUGCGACCCGCAGCUAUGCGUGCUGCGCGCAAACGCUACGUGCGCUUCCGGAGAGUGCUGCGACCCGCGGACUUGUCGACCGUCAUCGGCGGGUACGAUCUGUCGGUCCGCGGAACGCGAGUGCGACUUGCCGGAGUUCUGCACCGGACACUCGGAGUUCUGUCCAAAGGACGUACACAAGAUGGACGCCACGCCGUGCUCCAACAAUCAGGCGUACUGCGCGCAAGGUUCUUGUCGCACGCACACGGACCAAUGCCGGCUACUGUGGGGCUCCACGGGUUCCAGUUCCGACGUGCAGUGCUACAACACAUCCAAUGUUAAAGGAGACAAAAAAGGCAAUUGUGGGUACAGACGCGAUACGGAUAAAGAUGGGGCGCAUUACUACAAAUGUGCGUCCGAGGACGCAAUGUGUGGUUUAUUACAAUGUAGACAUCUCAACGAACGUCUAGAGUACGGUAUGGAGACCGUUGCAACACUUUGCGCUGCAUUCAUCAAUAAUAACGGCACUAUAAUCGUAUGUCGCACGGCGAUGCUCGACAUGGGAACGCAAGAUGUCGAUCCGGGCAUGGUUCCCGAUGGAGCUAAAUGCGGGGAGGAAAAGAUGUGCUUGAAACAAAGGUGCGUUCCGGUAUCCGCCGUGCGCGCGCAAUUUGCUCGUCUGGAGUCGUCCGUGUGUCCGUCCAACUGUUCCGGCCAUGGCGUCUGUAACUCCGAAGGUCACUGUCACUGCGACGCCGGUUUUGCACCCCCUCUCUGCGCUCUGCCCGGACCAGGCGGUUCGAUCGAUUCCGGCCCAGCCACCGACUCUAGCAUUCAAAGAAACUUCAUGGUGGCGAUGUACGUUAUAUUCCUCGGAAUCCUACCCUCCAUACUGCUGGUGCUAUUUCUACUAUACUACUCAAGACACAACGUGCUACUGUGGUGGAAGAAGCCGAGAAAAACGGUCCAAUCACCGAAAAAGAACAGCCUUCAACGACGUCUAUCAAGAAGCGCAAGCAAGUUUGCGGCAAAUUUCCAAAAUAACCCCCAAAAUAACGCCCAGCCAGUCAACGUGCACACCCUAUCAAACCCUGACGACAUGAGCUCAAGCCUCCUCAGAAGUGAUUCCGAACACAGCCCUUCCGGAAACUUGAACCCUUCCGUUAACUUUUUCGGCAACUUCAAAGGCUUCUCUCUCACACCUAUCGAGAAAAAUCCACCCCAAAGUGAGACUAAUGAUAGGAAAGCUGAAAAUGUACCGAAGAGCGCGAAAAUAACACCCGUACACAGAAGUGGUAGCAACAGUCAGAAUAUCAGCCAAGCGUUAAAACCAGUGUUGCGAUCAGCACCGCCAUUACCCGUUGUUCCAAUAACAACAAAAUCAACAAACAUAAGUCCUUCAGUCAAAAGAACUAAUAGUUCCGUCCAGAAUCGCCUGAAAGCGUUAAUAGUCUCAGACAAGUCCGAGGAAGAUACUAUUGUCACUAAUCCAGUCCCCAGACCAGUUAUAUCCAGCCCUAUUCUAGAAGCUUCUACGUGUACUGCGAAGGAACUAAUUUCUCCCCUGCAAGGCUCUAAAACUUUGGGCCCAAUACGGGCAGCUCCAACUGUACCAAGUUUCUCGCCAGAUAUCCCAAAGAGACCUUUAAGCAUGCACUCAGCUUCAAAUGUCCUGCAAAAACCUCUCCCCGAAGAGCCAAAGAAGGUUAAAGAAGGGACUACUAUUAACAGAAUAGCUUCGUUCUUAAAACAGGAGAAACAUAAAGAAAAAGAACGAAACCCCGUCGAGAGAAGUCAUUCGUUACCCAAAAAUGCAAACCAUCAAGUCAAAGUACUAAAAACUGCGGAUAAAGCCGCAUUGCGUACAUUGCAGAUAUCAAAUCCAAUUCUGCAAAAAGAUAUAGAACUAUCUGUUAAUACAGUACCAGUUGUUUCCGAUUCCGAAGAUGGAGAUGAUUCGAAAGCUUUCGUGAAUCGAGCUCAUAGCAUGAGGGCUCCGCUUGCUCAGAAACCAACUAUUCAAAGUUUUGGUUCUAUGAGGCAAGCUCCUGGAGUGCCGAGGCCAUUGUCUUGCGUCGGAAGACCAACGGCCCCGCCCCCUCCCCUCCCGAACCAAUCGACAGAAGAACCAACGAUAUACCAAAAACCGAAGAUAAAACACGAAGUUAAAUCCACAGACUACGUCGACGCAAUAGAGGAAAAGCAAGUUCCUCUGGCCCACAUCGACGAAGAAUCCGGCGAUAAUAUCUACGCUGUUAUAGAAGAGAGCCCUGAACACCAUUUCAAGCCUUUACCUAAACCCCCAAAAGUGAUACAACCUCCAGUGGAAGAAUACAAAACUCCUAAACCAAUUAAUUCCAAUUCAGGGAGCACAGAAAGCAUGGGUUUGCUAGGAGAAAUCGUAUGCGAAAUACAAAACCGUAAUUUCGAUUCUAUUUACUCCGCGUCUACGCUUUCCAGAAAGAAAGAGAAGGAGCGAAAAAACGCUGAAAGCAAAAGGGAUAGCACAUAUAUGAACACAGAAUAUAAAACCCCAGAGAGUGUAUACUCUGCGAAAUCCACUGCGUCGACAACUAGCAGCGGUUAUCUACAUCCUUCAGCAGUAAACGUGCCGACUUAUAUGCAAAAGGACGAUCCCAAACAAGAUAUGGAAAAGGCGAACUCAAAAAUACCAACAUUUACAAGACAAGUGACUCCGCCCGGUCUAAGAACUUCUACGUUUAAAAGUGUGCCGCAAUCGCCGAAGACAGUGCCGAAAAGUCUUAAAACCAUGCCAAAUAGUCCCGACUUGGUAUCGAGUUGCACCGUCCCAGAUGCAAAAAACGUUAAAGCGCCGGAUGUUUUAAACAAUAAUAAAGUUGAACCGCCCAAAUUAGCAACCAAGCCGAAUACAGUUAAAAUCGACAAUCGUCCACCGUUACGGCCAGCGCCCAACGUAGACAAAAAACCGGUGAAAACCGGUCCCGCGUUAAAAGCGGCGAAUUUAACAACGAAUGUAAAUAAAGCCGACAAAAAUCCGCCCUUGAACCGUGCCAAUUCGAAAACAGACUCUAACGUUAAGGCAAUAGCAGAUAGUCUGAAUAAAAAUCGACCGAAAAUCGUGCCGAAGCCUAGCACGAUACAAAAGACUGAUACAAAUAUUAAGCCCAAUACAACGAAGUUAGCCCCUAAACCGUCUAAUGUUGCGAGUUUGCAGCAGAAAUUCGAGAAUAGAAAAUCAUUAAAAGAGAUUUCAACUAAGAAAUAGCAUAUUUUGAACUGCGAUUAGCAAUUAAUGCAUUCAGAGAUCUCUUUAUUUUUAGCGCUUUAAUGUAAAUAGGGUAGAGUAUUUUUAUUUUUAAAAAAGUGUGAAAGAUUUGUCGGUAAAUUGGACAUCGACAAUAGUUUAAAGUGAAGCUAUGGUUAUUUUUGUAUUUAAUUCUUCUGGCCGAAAUAAGGGACGGAAAAUAAGUUUAUAUAUUUUGAAAACUACUGUUGUAGCAGUAUAAUCUUUUGUAAAACAAGGCAUACUAUUCUUUUUUACGGUUUUCUCUAUAGCUUUGAGAUUAUUUGUACGACAAAUUAAAUAUAUAGUUUCUUCUGCUACAAAUUUGUACAUUUAAGGAUUCAACAUGUCUCACAGUGCUUCCCUUAGCACAGUGUGGGUUCUACUGAACAAAUAGCUAAAAUUUUACGUGUCACCAGAGUACCUGGUGUGAAAUUUUCUGCCAAUAUUUACAUAUUCGAUCGUAAAAGUAACUAUUUUACGAUUAAUAUGGUAUCGAAAGAGAGUCAUAUAGUAACGUAAGGAAACAUAGAAACAAUAUUCCAUCAAGGUCAGUAAGUGAAACCCACGCCAAGAGAAGCGCUGUAAGAUAUAUUGUGUGACUGAAAUAUUAGUAAUGGAAACGUAAACAAUACUUAUAAUAAUGUGUUUUGAUGACAGAUGUUUAAUUAAGAAAAAAAAAAUGACUUAACAUAAGAUAGAUAAUUGAAAAUGGCGAUAUAUACAAAAAAAAACUGUUUACAAAUUGUAUUAAAACA